GCAAUCCAUCAUCGAAUUCCAGUCAGAACGCAUACAUUUGCGGUACACAGCCGAUGCGUUACUGUUGUCAAGCAACUGUCAGUCGAUUGACUUUUCAUUCACCUAAUUCUCAGAGGUAAACAAACGAUGAAUGAGUUAAUUGAAGUGCCGCAAUAGAACAAAACAAUCGAUUUGCGUGAAUCCAUUUAUUUAUUAAUGCAACCGAUGACACUAUCGUAAUUACUCCGAUGAUAACAUUGAACGGUAAUCGAUACACUCGAAAUUUGGUGACGGAAUGAGUGUAAUACUUCUAACAAGAACUGGAGAAACAGAAGACAUGAGUAAUGGGUUUCAUUUCGGUCACGGAUUUUGAGCUGUGAAUACUUGUUGCAAGCAAAAUGGCACGAAGAAAGUGUCGAUUGAAAGCAAUGGUCAAUGAAGCCGAUCCCGACUUGCCGCCGCUUCAUCGUCAUUCAGUGGUGCAUUAUCAGCAGCGCACUGAUUGGGAUUGUGGUAUUUCCUGUGUUAUGAUGAUGCUAACACGGAGACAACGCCAGGAUUUUCUACGGAAUUUCAAUCGAGUUUGUGAGGAAGAAGGCUUUGGCAAUAGUACUUGGACGAUUGAUUUAUGCUAUUUAUUGCGUCGAUUUGACAUUCGGCAUAUUUACACCACGAUAACUGUGGGAGUCAAUCCAACUUUUCGUAACCAUGAUUACUAUGGUCCGAUUCUCUGGAAAGACCACAUACGAGUGAGCAACAAAUUCGAUUCGGCCACCUGCGACGGCUUGAAUAUUCAAAAGAGAACGGUUGACAAUCGAAUUUUAUUGAAGCAUCUAGCGGAGAAUGGGCCGGUGAUUGUACUUACCAAUGGAUAUUUACUGCAUUGUGACCUUUGCAAAACAAAAGAGUCGGAAUGUUUAGAGGAAUUUAGAAAGUGUUUCUCAAUAAACAAACCCAAGACGAAAUUUUCGGGCCAUUACAUUGUGCUCUGUGGAUAUGACAAUCGUAUUGGCAGUGUAUUUUAUAGGAAUCCAGCCAUGGAUGACCAUGUUUGUGUUAUGUCCUAUCGCAAGCUGACUGAAGCUCGAACAGCAAAUGGCACCGAUGAGGACUUGAUCUUUGUGUUCCGAAAAAGUUGAAUUCAGACAAAAAUAACAAUAAAAAUUAAUUUUCAAUAAAAUCUGAGCAAAAAAACUAAAUUACAAAUAAACUGUAACGAAGAAUUAUUCAAUAACUACGACUGUAGCGUAAAUACAUGCGUUCAUCGGUUAAGCUUCAUCGGAAAUUUAUUGAGACCUUAAUGGCGGAAUAUACAUAAUGACGUUUUUCUUACUGCCAACAUGUCAUUUUUUAGAAUCAUUGAGACAUUCUCGGCUUGCACCGUUCGAACCUUAGAACCAAGUAAGUGGUAUUCAUUGUCCGAGGCGAGUUUCAAUUUUAAUUUUGAAAAUUCAUAUGACAUGAAUAAGGCUAACAGAAAUAUUUACUGUAAUA